AGUACAGGGUGGUGACCCCGGCUUCCAGGGAAGGCGCGCAGGCAGACACGGGGGACGGGGUUCUCGUCUGGGUCGCUGACCUCUCCCUCCCGGCCCCCCGAGCCUCAUUGGGUCUGGGUUGUAGGGGCGGAGCCCCUGGCCGUGCCCAUAAAAAUCUUCAGAAGGGAGCGGCAGCUUUGGUUUCUCUUUGGGGACACUUCCCGGAGCACAGCUGGGAACAGGACUCGGAGACAGGAGUCUGGGGUCCGGAUCCCUCCAAGAGCUGGGUGCCUUUCCCAGGUGGGACCUUCAUCGACACCCAGCGUGCGGCCCGACGUGGGAGCUGCCUCGCUAUGGCCUUGCUGUGGCUCGCCGUGCUUCUGACGUCUGCGUCCGGCCUGCCGCGGUCACAGGAAGAUCACUAUUCACCGAUUAAGAACCUAAGGAUAGAGCCGGUGGAAAGGAGAUUGACCUGGGACCUCCAUGGAAAUGUUUCUGAAAUUAUGUGUUUCAUAAAUUCAAAAUUUAUCACUAAGGCCGUCAACCACAACCGUUACUGCCAGUUCCACGUCCUUCCCUCGUGUGAAGUGAAAAACUUCAGCAUCUCCUUGACCAAAGGCCCGCCGUUCUUGAUGGGGAUUCAGUAUCCUCUGCACGAAGGAAACCCUGAGGCGGCCGCACGGGGUCUGGACUGCCGGGUGCACGACGUGGACGUCCUGACGUGCAGCUGGGAUGUGGGCAGGGAAGCCCCCCAGGACAUCCAGUAUCACCUGUACUGGCAGGAGCUGACGACCCGCAGGGAGUAUGAGUGCCCAAAUUACGAAAUGGAUCCUCGGGGGAAACUCGUGCGGUGUCAUUUCAACGAUGUCUCCAGAUUGCCGAAACACCUCCAGAUCCUGGUGAGGGGCACAAGCCAAAGUGCCUGGAUCCCCUGCUCCGACCGCACUGUCGAAUUAUCAGAAAUCGAGAUAUUAAAUCCACCCAAUAUCACUGCAACGUGUAAUAAAUCCUAUUUGAUGAUGCAGUGGGAAGCGUGCAGCCACUUUAAUAACAGAUUUGAGUAUGAACUUCAGCUACAAAAGGGCAGUGACCCCGCCUACACGGAGAAGCUCCAGGAAAAGUUCUUUGAGCUGCACAAUCCCAAAAACUACGUGGUGAGACUAAGGGCCAAAGGUUUCUACCGCAAAAGCUGGAGUGACUGGAGUGCCCCGCGGCGCUUCGAGUGCGACUUCGAGGAGGACUCGCCGCGGCCCGACUGGCUGCUGGCAGCGCUGGUCUUGCUGGCCACGCUGCUGGUCCUGGGGCUCGUGAUCGCGCUGUGUGGAAGUUCUGGAUUCAGAGCCUGUGUCUGUCCUCCGAGGUACUCAGUGUUGCAGAAGCUCUUCCCUCCCAUCCCGCACAUGAAAGACCCCAUCACUGACAACCUUCAGAACAGCAAGUGGCCUGGGAGGGCAGCAGAGCAAGCCGGGAAGACUGCCCAGUGGCAGAGGUGCAGGUUUUGGGGGAGACAUGACAACGGACCUGAAACCUUCUCGACCGGCCCAGAUGCCCAUACAGCCUGGCUGCGGUUGGGCCGAGGGACGACCAGAUGGGGUGGGGGUAGAGGGACACCUCGGAGCGUGCUCCAUGGAGAAGCCACCAGCAAGGAAGCAGGGCUGUGUCGGGCUCAUUCAAUAAAUCAACGCUGUUUCCACCAGUGCUUGUACGCGGGGGGGGGGGGGCUGUAAGGAGUGGGGGAUGCCUACUGCCCA